GACAAGAGACACACGGGCACCGGCAGUUGUGUUUUAGCCUUCAAAACGGGACAGUAGAACCAACGGAAAUAUCAGAGGGGAGCAAUACAGCAUACAGCAAUGGAAUCAAAGAUGAAACCCAUUGAGAUAGCGGCUCUGGGCCGUCCUCUGUACCCUGGCAUGCUGUAUAACUGCUGCAAUGACUCUUUCAUCCCAGGAAUCACCCUGUGGGACCGGGAGGCGUUGAGCAAGGACCUAGACGUGCGCAUUAAACCCAACACCAGCUUCAGCAUCACUGCCUCCGACUCCUUGAGGGAUAAGUCCAAGCUGAUGGACAUGAGCGUCUCGCUGAAGGCCAGCUUCCUGGGGGGGCUGUUGAGCGUGGGGGGCUCCGGCCACUUCCUCAACAACCGUGCGAUGUCGCAUUGCCAGAGCCGGGUCAUCAUGCAGUACCGGCGCACCGUGCGCUAUGAGGGCCUGACCAUGACCCAGCUGGGCCUGGUGCCGUACCCACAGGUCUUUAACCAGAAGUCCGCCACCCACGUGGUCACGGCCGUGCUCUACGGUGCCCACGCCUUCUUCGUCUUCGACGGCAAGGUGUCGGUCAACAAGCGCGAUGUAGAGGGCGAGAUGAAGGUGAUGCUGCAGAGCAUACCCCAGCUGUCGAUGGAGGGCGGGGCAGAGCUGAAGCUGAGCAGCAGCCAGAAGGAGGUAGUGGAGAGCUUCAGCUGCACUUUCCAUGGGGACUUUGAGCUCAAGCGCAACCCCACCAACUUCCGGGAGGCGGUGGAGGUGUACCGCACCCUGCCAGAGCUGCUGGGCAAGAAUGGGGAGAAAGCGGUGCCUGUGCGGGUGUGGCUGCUGCCCCUGCAGUGCCUGGACUCCCACGCAGCCCGUCUGGUGAGGGAGGUCAGCGAGAGCUUGGUGUACAGGGCAGAGUCCGUGCUGGAGACUUUGGUCCACGCCACCCAGAGGUGCAGCGACCUCCAGUCUCAUGCUCAAAAUGUUCCUCACUGCUUGGAGGUGAGUGACAAGCUGAGGGACUUCUGUGACAUCCUGCAGCACUACAGGGCCUGGCUGCAGAAAUCCCUGGCCCGGCUUUUGCCACUGGUCAGGCAGGGCCUCCAAGAAGAGGAAGUUCUGGAUGCUGUUCUGCAGUCACACGGUCAAUCGCCCUUCGCUGCUGGCAAACUGAAGAAGUGGCUGAACGAUAAGGAGUCUGAGCUUGCUGUACUCGGCCUCUAUAGCAGACGACUGAAGGAAUUUCCCUCCCUUUCGCCUGUGACCCAGCUGGGGGAGGUCCUGUUCAAUCCAGAUGUAGAUGCCGUCAUCUGCUUCACCUUCACCUCCUUGCACUACACGGAGCCGUACCUGUCCACCCUGAGCUCACAUCUGGACUGUGUGCAGCAUGACAGGUCCAUGCUUGGCCAGGAUCAUGCUGACAGCAUCGGAGAAGAUGACAUCAAGCCCUGGUUUCGGAGUGCUCAGCUCUCUGUGACCAUGAGGAACAACCUGAACACCUUCGUGGCAUUUGCGGAGGCCAAUAAGGACAAGAAGGAGAUCAGGUUUGUCGUGUCCGCCAUGUCCGAUCCAUCCCAUCCCGGGGCCUCCAUUCACCUGUAUCAGAGGGGGCUGUGUGUGGAUCCCCAGUUUCAGCCUGUCUCCAAGCCGUGCCCCCCAGUGUCCACAGACAUUCAGUGUACCCAUGUCACCCUGAGGCUGCAGUCUGCCCAUAGUGAACAAGCAAGGCACUACAGAGUGGAGCACAGGAGGAAGCAGAGAGGAGAUGGUACAGGACCAGGGGAAGGGAAAGAUGGUGGGUGGACAGUCACAGACACACCUGGUAUGGUGGAGAGCUGCACUCUGAAAGAACUACAGCCAGGAGUCUCUUACUUGAUCAGGUACAGAGCAGUCAGUGAUGUUGGUGUGAGCAAGCCCAGUGAUGUCACUGAAAUCUGCACCCAAACUAGUUCAGUACUGCAGACCAGGGCUGAAGCUUUAAAGUACACUCAGCAACUCAGCUGGGACCCCAACACGGCACAUGCAAGGCUGUCUGUGUCAUCACAGGCGAAACGUGUGUCUUUCAAAAAGCAACCACCACCUGCCCACCCAGACAGGUUCAGCUAUUGGCCACAAGUGCUGUGCAGAGAGGGUCUGUCUGGGUCUCGCUGUUACUGGGAGAUUGAAGGGAAUGAGGCAGACUUUUACAUUGGAGUGGCCUAUAAAAGCAUUGACAGGAAGUCAUUGGGAACUGAGUCCAGACUUGGACUCAAUGACAAGUCCUGGUGUCUGCAUCGCUCAGAGGAAGGUGUCUAUGCCUGGCACAAUAAAAAGGGGACCUACAUUUCACAUCAGUGCAGCAGCACGAUUGGGGUGUAUAUGGACUGGCCAGCCAGCACUCUGACCUUCUAUGAGGUUAACACCUCCUCUGACACUCUGAAGCACCUGCACACAUUCCAAGCCACAUUUACUGAGGCAGUGUACUCAGCUUUUUCUCUCAGCAAGAAAUGCAAAAUAAAGCUGCUUUUGUCAAAGCAGACGUCCUGUAAAAGAAGGUAG